AUGGAGCAGUUGAUAACACACAUUGGUCCCGCUGGACCAAGAGCACUACGUGCCAGAGAGGAUGCAAUGGUAAAGGAUGCAAUCUCAGGAGCGACAUGGACACUCCCCCACCCUAGAUCGCAAAACGAAAUCGACUUACAUGCUUAUCUCACAACAUUAUAUCUUCCUUUAUCUAGUGAUGUUGAGGACUCUUAUGAUUGGGUGGCUGGUGACUCUUCUAUAUGUGAUUUCAGGUCCUCCACAACCUGGGAAGUACUUAGGCUGAGACAAGACAUCAAGCUAUGGGCGGACGUUGUUUGGUUCAAAAGCGCUAUACCGAAGCAGAGCUUUACCAUGUGGGUCGCGAACUACGACAGACUACCAACGCGAGCAAGAUUUGCAACUUGGGGCUUACCUAUCUCUCCACUCUUCCCUUUCUACUCUAAUUUUGAUGAAACCAGGGAUCAUCUACUACUCUCUUGCGAGUACAGUCGUGAAAUUUGGCAGGGGAUCUUCAGCAGGUGCCAACCACCUUCAACGAUGUUCAUCGACAGGGCUAAGCUACUGUCAUGGAUCAGAGCCGCAUCUUCAGCAAGGUUAACUCUUCUAAGGAAGCUGGCGGUCCAAACAGCGAUCUAUCACUUAUGGAAGCAGAGAAACAAUUUGAUUCACAAUCAAAUUUCAAUCCCCUCUGCUUCUGUGUUCAGAGCCAUUGAUAGAGAACUGAGAAACAUCAUCUCAGCAAGAAGACACAAAAAGAACUUUGAUCUUGUUUUUUACUUCUUUUUUUGCCAAGAUGGUUCAACCUAA